AUGGCCCGACUUUUAAGCUCACCUCUCCUCUUGUUAUCUCUCCUCGUCUCCGCCUCCGCAACAACAACAAUAAUCUCCUUCUACCAUAAAAACUCUUGCGCAUCCGAUAGCCCCAGCGCAGGCGAUAACUUCACCAGCAGCAAUCUCGUAGCCGGUUCAGGCAUCUGCUACAAUCCACCAAUCAACACCAUCGCCUUGGACAUUGCCGAGAUCGAGGAUGGAUGCUCUAGUAAGCCCCCCUUGUCCGUACGCCCUUUCUUGGUACUCCGUAUCACAGCACUCCUCCAAUCGAACCCCCAGCCCAAGUGGAAUCAUGCUCUGCCCCUGUAUAGCACCCAGCAAUCCGUUCCCAGAGAAAAAAAAGCAUUCAAGCCACUAACAUCCAGUCCAAAAGUUACCGCCUACCUCGACACCACCUGCAGCAUGCCCACCUCCGAAGCCCUGACCAGCACCGACUCUCUCUGCUACUUCCUCGGGCCGGAGGAACACAUCGGCUCGUUCAAAGCCAGCUGCUCUCGCACCAUCACCAGCACCAGCACCAACGAAUCUGCUUCGCAGGGCCAUGGAGACGGUAGCGCUGCGACGACGAGUCCCGGAUUGCAGAGCACGCCGACGAAUGGAGCGAGUUCAAGGGUUGGGCCGGUGUUGGAACGCUGGGCAGGUGGAGGCGGCUGGGUGGAAGUGGAGGUCAAGGCCUUGAUGGCGAUCGGGGCCAUGGAGGUCGUCUGGGGAUGGGGAAUGCUCUGA